CCAUCAUCAAAAUUCAAAAUCUCUCUCGGCGGUAUCUGGUUUCUUUGGCUUUCUUAAGAAACAAACAAAUCCUCGCCAAUCCUUUGUAUUCGAAAUGGCUCGCACAAAGCAGACUGCUAGGAAAUCAACCGGCGGCAAGGCGCCGCGGAAGCAGCUGGCCACCAAGGCGGCUCGUAAGUCAGCACCAGCGACUGGAGGUGUGAAGAAACCUCACCGCUUCAGGCCCGGAACUGUCGCUUUGAGAGAGAUCAGGAAGUACCAGAAGAGCACUGAGCUCUUGAUCCGCAAGCUUCCGUUCCAGAGGCUGGUGAGAGAGAUCGCUCAAGAUUUCAAGACGGAUCUCAGGUUCCAAAGCAGCGCCGUUGCGGCUCUCCAAGAAGCCGCUGAGGCAUACCUGGUGGGACUCUUUGAGGACACAAAUCUCUGUGCUAUUCAUGCCAAGAGAGUCACCAUUAUGCCUAAGGACAUCCAGCUUGCCAGAAGGAUCAGGGGAGAAAGGGCUUAAGUCUGUCGAUUGUAGACCAGAAUCAGAUCUGUACUUUUGUGUUAUGCUUAGUUGUAUUUUAUAUGUUAAUGAAAAAUUGAAAACUACUUCAAUAUUGGUCUUUUUAUGGCAUGUUUAAGGGAGUUGGAAAAACAAAUGCUGUUGGUUUCA